GGAGAUGCGAGUGAUGCUUGAGUCUCUGCAAUUCUCACCAUAAGCAUCACACAAGCAAAGACAGGACAACUUCAUCCAAUUACGGACAAUUCAGGACAACACAACCUCAACUAAACAAAGGACGAUUCAAGACAAGAUAAACUAAUUCAGCAAGGAACAAUCCAGGUCAAAACAACACAAUUUCCAUUCAAGGGAUAAGACAAGAUUCCAUAAUUACAAGACACCAUCCAGGACAAGACUACAAAUCAACAAGACUCUAAAUCAAUGGCAGAUAUAUCAAAGCCCUCCAAAUGGCUUCUGAUAUUGCUGGUUGAGUUUGCAAUACAAGCCUGUGUGAGCUGUGACCUGGGUGGCAUGAGGCAGACGGUCCCUGCAACCCUGGGCGAGCCUCUGAUUCUCAGCUGCACCUUUAACUGCUCAGCGGGGUUCGUACGAGGCAAGUGGAGCCAGGAGGGUGAGGACCUGGGGUGUGCAGGCUGCCACUGGACAGAAGGGCUGUUCAGUAAGUCCGGUGACUUUUGCACACUCCAACUGUCUACGCAGGAGGUGACUCGGAAUGAUUCCCAUCACACCUACACCUGUGAAAGCUGCCAAACCGACCUGCCGGGACUCCCCUGCCGGACCGAACAGCAGGUUUCACUCAAGAUCAGCACAUCGCCGAAAGCUACCUCCUCCUCUAUAUUCUCGUCCACUGCGCUAACUUCCAGUGAUGGUGCAGGUGGUGAUGUGGAUGACACUCCAUCAGAUGAGUUUCAACUGGUCAAGGUGCUGGCAGUUGUAGUUGCCUUCGUCAUCAUGGUUCUACUGAUUUCAUAUCUGUGUAUCCUGAGACGCAAAAGAGGAUGUGCUGCUGGUUCAGAGAAGAUUCCUCCUGGUAGGCAUGACAGACCAGGCUCUGAUAAGGAGUACGCAUCUGUGACAUUCACCCACACUGACUGCCAGAGCGACCAUGAGGUACCGUACGCUGACAUCAUGAUUUCCGUGCGGGGUGUGAGCACCCCAGAGCUGAGGGGCCCGCCAGGAGGGGUGGGGCCACCAGGGGGCGCCCAAGGGAACCUGAGAGCGAAGUGGAGGGAGGACUCAGGGCCCGGGGCCUUACAGCAUGCCUUCCGUUCGGCUGACCGUCUGCACGUUCAACCCAGAGACGUGUCCAGGAAGUUGAGCAGCACCUCUGAGUAUGCCGUCAUCACCUACUCUUCCGACGUUCUGCACUGACGUCCACACUGUAAUCACCAUAUAUAUAUAUAUAUAUAUA